AUGGCCUACACCUAUCCCCGGCGACCGGCUGCCAGAUCGACGGCCAAACCACCCGCAAAGGACUGGCUGCUAGAAGAAUAUGGACAUGAUUGGCUGAGCAAUUUGCCCGAUGAUAUCCUGCUCAACAUUGUCGAACGUCUUGACAUUGCUGAUGUCGCACGAACCAGUGUCCUCUCCAACCGGUGGAAGGAGGUCCCUGCCAUGCUCUCCAAAAUCGUCAUAACAGUCGAUUCCUUUAAGCGCAAGCUUCCCAAGUCGAACUUACCCUGCUUUGAUGCUCAUCCCAAUUCCACCAUGAUUGAAGCAACUAACAGCAUAUUGGGAAAUAGGAGCUGUACAAAUCUAUACACCAUUCGACUACUGCGCAUGGAAUUCUACUUGGGAGAUGACUGUGUUUACAUCGGCCAGGCUGUUACCGAUACCAUUGUAACACAGAAUGUUGGUAUGGCUGAAUUCACAGUCAUGACGAAGAAGGAAGUUACACAGUGCACCGAUAAAGGUUUGCUCUACUACGGAAGGAAGUUCAUGUCAUUCUUUUACACUUGUCCCAACGCAUUCAAUGCUCUCACAGGCCUCAAGCUACAGAAUUUGAGGCUAGCUGAAUCAGAGUUACCUGAAAUUGUCAGUACAUGCAAGCGAUUAGAGUUCCUCCACUUGCUAAACUGUGACAUGGGCAAGUUGUCUUUCCUAGAAUUGGAACACCCGCAACUCAGUGAACUUGAGAUUGUCGACAGCGAAUUUGAGCGGGUUGAUCUGAAGUGGCUACCAAAGCUCACUGUUCUGACAUUUUCUGAUUGGAUCACUCAGCACGAUCCGUUGUCUUUUGGUUAUGUCCCACUGCUCAAGAGUGUGAGCAUCAGUAAUACGGCUCUUUCAUACCACAAGAUGCUCAAAUUAAGUGAGUUUCUUGGCAAAGUCACCAUUAGGGACCUGCAGUUGAACUUUGAAAGCGAGAAGAUUUGGAUUAAACCUGAGGCGCCAAGAGAAUUAUCCAAUGUGUUCCACAAACUACAGAUUGUUAGUUUGCUUAACAUUUCAGAAGAGUGUGAUCUGACUUGGACAAUGUUCAUUCUCCAAGGCGCACCUUCCCUUAAGGAGCUAUGCAUCAGAGUGUGGGAUCAUUUCUGUGAUACAAUACUGGAUGAAGAGGAGAGGAAGAAGCAUUCAUAUAGCGAGGAGCCGAAGGAUAGUGGAUUAGAAUGUGUCGGAUCUGCAUCUGGUUUCAAGCACCACAGCUUGGCUGUGCUCAGGAUUUUUGGGUUUCAGACAGAAGAGAAGUUUAUGAGUUACAUAAAAAGUAUCAUGGAAGCAGCGGUGAAUCUUGAGAACAUCUACUUGCAUAACAGGCCGGUGUGCAAGAUAUGCCAGCACAUGGUUCGAAAGCCAUCGAGAUACCCAUGGACAAGCAAGCAGAAGAUUUCGGUCAGGAACAAAAUCAACAGCGAGAUGUGCUCAGCUGUGGAAAUCCACUUCCCCAAGUAA